UUACAAGCUUCAGACUAGAACUAUCAGAUGACAUGAUGGGGGUAACAGAUGCUUGACCAAAGACAUGCAUCUCUAUUUGCUUUCUUUCAGUCCCCAUUUGAAGCCGAGCACACACAAUGUUACAGACAAACUACACAGCAGUGACUGAGUUUAUCCUCCUGGGACUGACAGGUCGAGCCGAGUUGCAGCCUGUCCUUUUUGUGGUCUUCCUGGUCAUCUACCUUAUCACAGUAGUUGGCAACGUGAGCAUGAUUUUGUUAAUCCGAAGUGACUCAAAACUUCACACGCCCAUGUACUUCUUCCUCAGCCAUCUCUCCUUUGUGGAUCUCUGUUACGCUACCAGUGUCGCUCCGCAGAUGCUGGUUCAUUUCUUAUCCAAGAGAAAAGCCAUUUCCUUCCUUGGUUGCCUUCUACAGUUCCACUUUUUCAUUGCCCUGGUGAUCACGGAUUAUUAUAUGCUGACGGUGAUGGCUUACGACCGCUACAUGGCGAUCUGCAACCCCUUGCUGUACGGUAGCAAGAUGUCCAGAUGUGUCUGCCUCUCUCUUGUUGCUACGCCUUAUAUUUACGGUUUUGCAAAUGGCCUGGCACAGACCAUCCUGAUGCUUCGCCUCUCCUUCUGUGGACCCAAUGAAAUCAACCACUUCUACUGUGCGGACCCACCUCUCAUAGUCCUUGCCUGCUCGGAUACGUAUGUCAAAGAAACUGCCAUGUUUGUGGUGGCUGGUUUCAAUCUCACAUGCUCUCUUGCCAUCAUUCUCAUCUCCUACAUUUUCAUUUUCACGACGAUUCUGCGCAUCCGUUCUGCAGAGGGGAGGCGCAAGGCCUUCUCCACCUGUGGGUCCCACUUGACGGCUGUCACCAUCUUUUAUGGGACGCUAUUCUGCAUGCACCUGCGACCCCCUUCCGAGGCAUCUGUAGAACAGGGGAAAAUUGUCGCAGUUUUUUAUAUCUUUGCGAGCCCUAUGCUAAACCCUUUGAUCUAUAGCCUGCGGAACAAAGAUGUUAGACAAGCAAUCAGGAAAGUUGUCCAAAAGAAAUUACUUUUUAAAUAG